AUGUUGGCCUUUUUGUUUCUUUUCUUUAACAUAGCGCAAGCUAUCGUGGUCUCAGGGCCCUCUGGCCCCUGGUCUGUCUCACACAAGGUCGUGGAACUCACCGACGAGUCUCGAUGGGAUCCGUAUGCUCCUGAAGACAGUCAACACAAACGACGAAUUUUGACCUCACUAUUUAUACCUACUCAAAAGAACCAGAAGAAAUGCCAAACCGAAAAGGUCGACUACAUGCCACCAAAAACUCGUGUGGGGGCAGCCAAAACACUGGGACUUCCCAACACGACCUUUGAGGGGCUAGAGCUGGAAUUCUGCAAGGCAUCCACGAAGGAGCGGGCACCUCUUCCUAUUGUCAUAUUCUCUCCUGGUUUCAGCAGUAUCAGGCUGCUUUCUAGCGCCCAAGCAAAGUCACUGGCCAGCCAAGGGAACGUGGUCAUCACAGUCGAUCAUCCUUAUGACGGUACUGUUGUCGAGUUUCCCGAUGGCACAGUCGUGUAUGGAGCAAGUCCAAACGACAUAAACGACGAAGUGGCGGAGAAGGGUGUGAAGGCAGGCAGUCCACUUCCUUUUGUUCGGAGUGAAGAUAUAUCUUUCCUCAUUGACGAGAUUUUGGAGCCAUCAAGCCUGGGGGGCAUUCUUGAUGGGUUUGACACGAGCAAAAUAUUCGUCUACGGCCACUCUCUCGGAGGUGCAACCUCGGCUCAAGUGGCUUUGAAUGACGACCGUGUUCUUGGUGGUCUUGACCUGGAUGGAAAACUGUACGGGUCUGUCAGCGAAGCCGGCCUCGAUACACCACUCUUUGUGGUUGGUGCCGAUAGCACAGAGGAAGCAGCAUCAUACUUUAAAGGAAUCAUGGGCAAAGUUGAUGCUGCAAAGAUGUUCCUCACCGUCAAUGGGACCGGGCACAUGUCGUUUGUAGACCUGCCGCUAGUCUUAUCGCUGCUGGACUUUACUGCACCUGGUCUGGAGAGGUCAAUCGGAGCCAUUGAUGGCAAGAGGAUCACCAGCAUUACAGAUGAUAUUCUUGGGGCGGUGACGAGCUUUCUCUUCAAGGGAAAGACUCGAUCUCUUUGCCAGCUUGAGGACAAAGUUGAGGAGGCUGUCGUGGUAGAGAGGGAUCUCAAGAAGGCCUGUAGCUAGACGAGCAUUUGCUACUCGUGCUCAUGUCACCAAUCUUGACUACAAAUACAUG